AUGUGUAAUGGUAAUGUUGAGGACUCUUUAAAGUUAUACUACGAUAUUAAUGGUGAUAACAUGAUACCAAAUAAACCAUAUGAUAAUAACAAUAAAAUUACGACUGAAGAAGAAAAAUUAAUACAAAGUGAUAUGUACCAAACUAAUACAGAAACAACAAAUGAUAAGAAAAAAAAUAUGUGUUCCCCUUGUGAUGAUUAUGUUAGGGCUCCUGACAAACAUUUUAGCCAAACGUUAAUUAAUGAUAUGGAUGAUUCAAAUUUCUAUCCAUAUAAUAAUACAAAUAAAAAAAGUAAUAAAUCCAAAAUUCAGCUAGGUGAUACUUUUCAAAAACUUUUUUCUCCUCCUGAAUCUUUAAUAUGUUCCUUAUCGUUUGAAGAAGUUAGAAUAAAAUCUAAACAAGAAAAUAAAUUCAUAUUAGUAAAUAUACAAAAUACAGAAUUUGAGUCUUUGAGAUUAAAUAGGGAUAUAUGGAAUAAUGAUGUUAUACAACAAAUUAUAAAAACAUCUUUCAUAUUGUGGUUACGAUAUGAAUAUGACCAAGAUGCAGCACUGUUUAUGAACACCUAUAAGGUACAUAAGUUACCAUAUUUAUGUGUUUUGUGUAAAAGAACGGGUAGACAAUUAAAAGUUUGGAAUAUACGAAAUUUUCAAGAUCCCAUAUGUGCCCAAUCACAGUUAUAUGAAUUUAUUGAGAUGAUGGAGAUUAAAAGUAACUCCCGUAAUAUAAAGGAUAUAACGACGAGUUCUAAAAAUAUGAGCACAAAUAUUCUUGAUACAACAACAACAAUAACUACUACCACAACAACUAAUAUUAAUAAUAAUAAUAAUAAUUAUUAUUAUGGUGAUGGUGAUGGUGAUCGUGAUGAUGGUGAUGAUCAUGGUAAGGAUAAUAUGCUUCAUAAUGUAAAUAAUAAAAAUAUAGAUACUUUGAAGGAACCAUAUAGAAAUAUUCCACCUUCUGGAUAUAAUAAAAAUAAAUUAUUAUACCCUGAAACAACGCAUCAAAUAUUACAAGAGGAAAUAAAAGAUAGUACACAUAAUUUUAAUAACAAUUCAUAUAACAAUCGAAAUUUAAAAGAAACAGAAACUAAGGACAAAAAAACAACAGAUGUUCUUGAGGAAUACAAUACCAUAAAUAAUGAAUUGUCUCAAUUGCACAAAUUAAGAAUGCAAAGAUUUCAAAAAAAAUAA